ACGUAUGGGUGUUCUGUGCUCAUACAAUCAGGGCGUCUUGUGCUGCUCGUGCUGUGCUCUUUAUUCUAUGUGAAAGCCGUGAAAAGUGCUAGGACGGUGUAGGUUUCGAAGCGUUGUUGCUGUCGUGUAGUGUUCUGCAAUGUGAGGACGAUUCGUGCCUGAUAGAACUGUAGAACUGCGCUAGUCUUGCAAAGAUAGACUCGCACAGCCGACAUGUCGAACCUUGUGUUGGGUAAUGUUGCGAGUGAUAACUCCCAAGAUGUAAGCGAAGCAUCGCAAGCACCAGAAUCUCCGCCAACAGUUGGAAAUGUGAAGGGUGCCUUUUCAAAUUCUGACGGUGAAUCGGCACCUAGGCCUGCCCCGGCUGUGCCCCAUUCUAGCCUUAAGGUCAGCACUUACUUGCCUGAGCACUUGCAGAAGAGACGCAGCUCAUCCCGAUCCAUCAAGCGCAAGAAGUUCGACGAUGAGCUUGUCGAGAGCAGUCUCAUCAAGACACCUCGUACACGGCCUUUGCCUGGCACUCCUUCAACAUCGCUGACCCAAAGUGUUGCCCCUGUUGGUGGCUCUGGUUCAGCACCAGUGCUGGCCACUUACUCAGACAGCAGUCAGGUGGACUCAAUUGUCCCCCUUUAUUCAGAGCGGAAGAAGACAUCGAAGUCCACACCAAAACGAGUGAAAAAGUCUUCCAAGAACACGCAAGCCUUGGUUACAAAGGACCUUGGUCGAUGGAAACCUCUUGAUGACUAUACUCUCUGUUUGGCCAUACAGCAAACGACAGACUUGGAGACUGUGUUUCGUGGAGUAAAAUUUUCCUGCAAUUUUACCCUGCAAGAAAUCAAAGAAAGGUGGUAUGCACUGCUGUACGACCCAGUUAUAUCCAAAAUGGCUGUGACCUCAAUGAAACAGCUCCACCCGGAUGUUUUGGCUGGUGUACAAGCCAGGGCUCUUUAUACUCAAGAAGAAGAGCGUAUCUUGUCCACCUUUCUAGCGGCAGCGCAGCCUACAAUUGAGGAUUUCCAAGAACUUCUAAAGAAACAUCCGGAUGUGUUUCUGCCCUUACGCACACCGAAGGAGUUGAUGUACCAUUGGGCAUUAAUGAAGCAGUAUUUUCUCUUGCCCGAUCAAAUAAUUCCUGUGAAGGAAGAAGGUGACUAUACGCUGAACUACUCGGAUCUAGAAGAGGACAUCUCAGAUCCGCGGCUUGCUGGUUGGGUGAAGGAUGAAGCCGUGGAGCAUGAAGACCAUCUGGUUGUGCGGAAUUACUUGCAAGAGAUUCGCCAGCUGGAGAAUGAAAUACCAAAGUGGAACGUGCUUGUGGACAGUGUUACUGGUGUAUCACCACCUGACUUUGACAAUCAGACUCUUGCUGUGCUUCGUGGUCGCCUUGUAAGGUACCUUAUGCGAUCUAAAGAAAUAACAAUUGGGCGUAUGACAAAAGACAAUCCCAUCGACAUUGACCUGUCUUUGGAGGGCCCUUCAUGGAAAAUAUCACGUCGCCAGGGUGUGAUCAAGCUUCGCAACACUGGGGAAUUCAUCAUUGCCAAUGAGGGCAAAAGGCCAAUCUAUAUUGAUGGCAAGCCAGUUCUAGCUGGGAACAAGCACAAGCUGAACAACAACUCUGUUGUGGAGAUGGCUAACUUGAAGUUUAUAUUUCUUGUCAACCAGGACCUGAUUAGUGUCAUUCGCUCUGAGGCACCUCAGUCAUCGUAAUGGCUCCAGGACAAGAGAAUUUGCCUUCUAUUUUCAUUUCAUAGAAUGAAUGUAGUGCAUAGAAAAUUUGACAUCACUCUCUCAUUUGUAAGAAGUGUCCCAUUUACAUUGCUGUCGGCCUUUAAUAAUAAUAAAAAAAAGCUUCUUUACAGGAGAUGUUUACAUGGUGCUAUUCCAUAAACUGCAUUUUCUUUUCUUUUUUUUAUUUCGUUUUUUAAACAGUUAUGAAACCUCUGUUUAGUUUGGCUUUGUAUGUUCUUCUUACCUAGGAAGUUGCACAGAUUAUAUACUAGAAUGAAUGGGAAAAUUGUCAUCCACCCGAAUGUACCACAAAGCUAUAAAACAAACCCAUACGAGUUGCUUCACAGUUGAAAAAUUCAUCCUGGUGCGGGAUGUGAUUUUCGAAUUUUUCACAGUUGACGAAAAAUUUGUCAACUGCAAAGCUUUCUCAGAAACCCGUAUGAGUUUCUUCUGUAGCUUCAUGCUAGAUUCAGGUGGAUGACAAUUUUCCCUUUCAUGAAACUUCCAUCUUGCGGGAUUCCGCAGAACUGAUUUGCAAGAUUAUAUAAAAGUCAAGGUUGAAGACUGGGCGUGUUGGUAUAGCAUAUCUCUAGAGGUUGGAAUGCGCAACAUUUUAGACGAGAGACUCGGUGCCGAACUCUCGGAACCAAGACGAGUGUCUCUCGUCUAAAAUGUUGCGCAUUCCAACCUCUGGAUAUAUAAAAGUGUUCUUUUUUUAUAUAUAUAUUAAAUUAUUUGCAUGGAACAGACUUUCUUUAUUGCGGUCACAUUUCCACGGCUAUAUUGUACACACCUAAACGAUUGGGGUGCUUUCGGGAAAGACUUAUCUUUCUCUGUUUAGUCAUUUAUGAACAUGUGACUUUAGUAAAUGAGAGAUCAAGAACUAGCUCUCUUCACAGUCUUUAAUAAAGUGUUUAUAUGACUA